AUGACUAGAGCGCAUAUUCAAGCCUUCAAAGCUGACAAAAUCCCCGUGUUCGAUCGCGGCGAAGAGGAGUACGAGCGCUCGGUCGCAACGCCCAACCUACUCUAUAGAUUUGCCCGACCCGAGUUUGUCUUGCAGCCAGAAACAGCCGCCCAUGUACAGGCGAUCAUCCGCCACGCACGAUCCAGGAAUCUGAAACUCACAAUCAAAUGCGGAGGCCACUCGUACGCAGGCCACUCGACAGCCUUCGAAGGCGUGUCUCUCGAUCUGCGCCGGAUGAACAAGGCCAAGCUGAACAUAGGCUCCAAGACGAUCACGUUCGGCGCUGGGUGUCAGUGGGGACAUGUGUACAAGACCCUGAUCAAUGGCCGGCAUGAUGGAUUCGUGAUCAACGGCGGCCGCUGCCCCUUCGUCGGCGUCGGUGGAUUUUUGCUGGGCGGCGGGCUCGGGCCUUUCUCUCGCAGCAUCGGCAUGGGCAGUGAUACAGUGAAAGAGAUUACGAUCGUCACCGCUGAUGCUAAGCUGCUCACGGUCAAGGACACAGAUCGCAGAGACUCCAACGAAGGGCGCUUGUUUUGGGCGCUACGUGGCGCAGGAGGUGGCAACUUCGGCGUUGUGGUGGAGAUGAAGCUGUCAGUCAAGAAGCUGCAAGGCCCGGGUGGAAUAGUCGUGGCGGGCCGAUAUCAGUGGUUUGCAGACAAGGAACAGAAAGAUCUGUUCGAGCAGGAGGGCUUCAUCUCCACGAUGAACACAUUCUACACCGCCAACUGGCCGGAACGCAUGACGCUUGACACCACGUGGAUUUGCGACCUUCGCCAGAGUUCGGGGAACGGGGUGCGUUUCCUGGCAUACUUCGACGGCAGCAAGGAAGACUUCGACAACACCAUCGACAAGUACAUCAAGCACGAGGAGCUAGCCAAACAGCUUAAGCGACGGGCGCUUCCAGAGAAGUCGACGCGGUUCCUGCACGAAACACUCUGGGCACAGUGGACGGAGGAAACGGUCAAGGCGUUCCCUACGAACAAGAGCUACAGCAUCUACAGCUCCUUCGUCUUCGGUAAUGACCGCCCCACGAUCGAGCGGGUCACAGCAAUCAUCAACAACAGAGCAUCUGCGUUCCGCAAAGCGUUCCCCGGCGAACAGGUCGAGUUCCUGGCUACCUUCAUCCACUCUGGUGGCAAGAUGGGCACCCCGAGCCCCCGCGACUCGGCAUUCUUUUGGCGCGGAGCGAUCUAUCACAUGUAUCUGACGCUGGAAUGGGAUGACAAGUGGAUGGAGUGGGAGAUGCGCAAGUUCUUGAGUGAUACAAAGGCGGAGCUGCGGCCGCUCUCGCUCCAAGGGGAGGCGGCUUUCAUCAACUUCCCGGACGGCGCACUCCGUAAUGCAGUGCACGAGCGGGCCUAUUGGGGAGAUAAUCGCGACGAGCUGCGGCGUGUGAAACAGAUUUGGGACAAGGAUAACUUCUUUCGAUCAGAGCAAGGCGUGCGCCCCCCUGCCAAACCCGAGGGUGUUCCAAACAGCGGAAAAAGUGGCAAGACUAAGGGACCUAGCGACGGAGGGCAAACGGAGGGCUCGGAUGGUCAAGACAAAGACGAAGACUUGACGGAUUCGCUUGCAAGCAAACAGUGGGAGGCUUACGAAACGAAGGACAUCUUGAAGGAUCUCAAGGAACUAGCGGAUAUGGGAUUCUAA